ACUCCUUUGAAAGAAAAAGGAAUCCCGAGAGGCGAGGGGGAUAAGAUAUGGAGUUUUGAUGAUGAUUGUAGGCAUAGUAAUGGAUGAAUUGAGGCAGAGAAGCUACCUGCAACUCCAAACUCCGAACCUCAAUUAUUAAAUGGCGAACCACUCAUCUUCCUCCCCUAUUCUCUGCGCUUCUUUCAACCAGGACAAUAGUUGCUUUGCCGUUGGCACCAGAGAUGGUUUCAGAAUUUUUGAUACCAACACCGGAAGGCUUUGCUAUGAACGAGCUGUUGGAGGUUUCGUUAUUGUUGAGAUGCUAUUUAGCUCAAGUCUUCUUGCUAUCGUUGGCGCUGGUGAUCAGCCAUCUUUGUCCCCUCGCCGUCUCUGUUUAUUCAAUACAACCACCGGAGCUCCUCUCAGAGAAUUGAACUUUCUAACUUCAAUACUUGCUGUUCGCUUGAAUAGAAAAAGACUCGUUGUUAUUUUACAAGACAAAACUUAUGUUUAUGAAUUAAAUAGUCUCACAAUCCUUGAUACUAUCGACACAGUGCCAAAUACUAAAGGACUUUGUGCUUUUUCGCCUUGUUUGGACGCUUGCUACCUGGCUCUUCCUGCCAGCACUGCCAAAGGAUCUGCGUUGUUGUAUAAUGUCAUGGAUUGUCAUUUACACUGUGAGAUUGAGGCUCAUCGUUCACCACUGGCUGCAAUGGUCCUCUCUUCUAAUGGAAUGUACAUAGCUACAGCAUCUGAGCAAGGAACCAUAAUCAGAGUCCAUUUGGUAUCAGAUGCAACAAAGUCAUAUAGCUUUAGAAGGGGGACAUAUCCAUCUACUAUAUUUUCUCUGUCAUUUGGGCCAUCAAAGCAGCUUCCAGAUAUUCUUGCAGCGUCAAGUUCUUCUGGUUCUAUUCAUCUUUUCACUCUUGGAUUUGCUUCACAUCCAAGCAGGAGCAAGAGAUCAAGUGGUUUUCUUGGAUCAAUAAUUCCUGAUGCUGUAAGUGAUGUGCUGGAUCCUAGUUAUCAUCAUGUACUUCAUAAUGCUGUUCCUGCAGGGGUCAAAAGCUAUGCAGUAAUUCGGAAGGUUGAAAAUGUCACUGACACCUCAUCAACUGAACUCUUAGCUUGUAGGGCCAAUAUGUCCGUGAUAACUUGUAACGGCUACUUUCAGGAAUACAACUUAAGCAUUGAUGCUCAGAAUGGAUUAUCUUGGGCUUUGGGGCGUGAGUUCAAUCUUUUGACUGUGAGCUUGGAUAAGGCACCGUGAGUGGCUAAAGAAUGUUUUUAGCACUUCAUCUGAUAACUGUAAAGCCUGAGAAAUUGCACGCUACUCUUUAAACUUCCAGAGAUACUGCUGCUGCCAACAUGAAAGUGUUACUCGGAAACUACCAGAGCUACUGCUGCUGCAAAAAAUGAAAUGUUUUAUUUGGAGGAAAUGCGUGAGAAUGUAAUGGGAGCAUGUUAAGAAUUUUUCUGAUUUGGAUCUCGUAAGAAAUUUUACCAUAUGAUUAACCAAUUAAACCAAUAAUUUACUUACCGAUAACCUACCUUUUCCAAUCAAAUUCGUAGCUAAAUGUAAAUAAAUUAUUAGUUAAAUUGGUUUAUCAUAUGGUUAAAUGUUCUGCUCAACCCAAAUUAGUAUUAUAGAUACUGAAUAUUUUGGUCAUCCUCGAAAAAUGUAGAUAUCAAGUUUGGAAUAAACGAAAAGAAAGAAUUUGGUGGCAGUUCACGCUUUACAGAUUACGGUUUACCUGGGGAU